AUGUCGACCAUUGACGAUGACAGCUCCAGUUCGAGGGAGGAGGAAAUUCGCCUGUCACACAUUGCCUGUCACAUGUGUCGGAGGCGCAAAAUUCGAUGUGGUCGAGAACUACCCUGCUGUGAAGUGUGUGAGCGAACAUCGCAAGUCUGCGAAUACCCGGCUCAAGUAUUGAAGCCAGGCCCUAAAAUAGGCUCGACGCAACGGAGUCGCAAGAGGCGGCGUACGCAUCGAGACAGCGACGAUGGACCAGCCAUACCCCCCCAUGCGAAUUUGAGUGUGGAGCCGAAUACCAUAUUUGAGGGAGAAGUAGCAAGCACGGUAGCAGCUCGUAAAAAUAAAAGAAAACCUGCACCAAAAGAAGAUGAAGGCAACAAUGCGCAGGCGGGUGUUCCUACCACUGGAAGUAGUCAAGGUCAGCGGCAGACUUUGUCGAAUAGAGAAGUUGAGAGCCAAGAGAGUGCGAAUGCACGCCGUAGCUCGAUAAAUAUUCAAGAUCUCUCCUUCAUAUUACAUCCAGCACACGAAGCAUCCACGCCGGAGGAGAAGAACACGACGCCACGAUCUGCAGGCGAUGGUCUUGACAACGAAAGGACCUUCAUGGUCAAUCGUGCUUCGUAUGCGCUAAGUGUGAGACCAGAUACACUGGAGAGAAUGAUCCACAUCUACUUUGAAAAUAUGACCGCAAUAAGCAUUUUGCAUGAGCCAACUUUUGAGGCAAAGAUCCAAAAUAUUGGCACUAGCUCUGUAGCUCAGGUGCAUGCUCUUUUGGCAGCUGUGUUGGCAUUUUCGGCGAGAUUCUACCCUCAAGAAGACCAUGGCGGGCAUAGGUACGACUUUAGUGGUCCCGCGGAAACAAUCCACCAACCUGCCUUCUUCCUCGACCUGGCUUCGAAGUUUGCCGAUGAGGCUCUCAAGGAGUGUGAUGAAGAAGCACCCCCUCUUUGUGUCGUCCAAGCACUGGUCCUCAUUGCACAUGGUCAGCUCACCCAGGGUGUACGUGGCAAGGCAUGGAGGUCUCUUGGGACGUGUGUGCGCCUCGCAUACGAAUUAAAUUUGCAUCUCGUGGACGCUGCACAUCCACAAGAAACCGUAGACGUACAACAGUGGUGCGACCUCGAGGAGGAGCGCCGGGUAUGGUGGGCUAUCUGGGAAAUGGAUGUCUUCGCCAGUACAGUCCGGCGAUGCCCAACAGCUGUGAACUGGUCCCAGAUUGAAACAUUGCUUCCUGUUGAAGAUGAGCAUUGGUACACACGCAAACCUCAGGCAAGUUGCUUUUUGGAACCAGAUCCAGUUCGCCGAUGGAAAGUGCUACAGGAUUCUGGGAAUCAGUCCCCUAAAGCAUGGUACAUUAUUAUCAAUUCCCUGAUGAAGGAUGCGCAGUCUAUAUCAAGUCCGAGAGGUGUUCCGAACCUGUCCUCGCCGGCUGCACAUCGUCUGUCCCCCAAAUCUACCAAGGACCAGAAGCAAAAUGCUAGAAUAACGGAACAGGCAAAGGAGAAGAUGGAAACGCUUACCAACUCCGUCUACUGCUUUACUAUGGCGCUACCAUCACAUUUGAAGUACCGAAACCAGUACCUAGGGUUUGAUGCUCCACAGCCCGGCCAGCCAUCUUCCUUACGACAAUCUCAUUGCGGGUUAUAUAACAUCCAUAUGAUGACCCAACUCGCAAGACUCAUGAUACACCACUACGACAUAUUCAGUGAAUCCGCUCGGGAGGGUCGUAUAAUCCAAGACCAACGAAAAGAAAAUUCGGGCGGGUGCUCAACACCAAGUUCCAUGAACAGCAGUGACAAUAUUGCCGAGAAUCAGUACUUUGAGGCCGCCGAUGAGGUCCUGAAUAUCAUCCGUCGCAGCAGUGAGAACCAUAUCCAGUGGAUCAACAAUUUUCUUGCCAGCACAAUAUGGCUUGCUUCGGCAGUACAGCUAGUUCGUAAAGAAUUUGGCCCACCGGGAACAAAUAUAUCCCUUAUCAAGUCUAAGUUCGAAGUACUGAAUAUCACAUACAAGAAAUGUGUUUCGUUCUGGAAUAUCCAGACCGCGAUGCAGCGGAACCUUGAAACCUUGGAGUCACAACUGGAGCAGAUAUGCGUUUCAAUCCCAAAGAAACCAAACAAUUUUCAGCCGAAAGUGCGUCGUAGACAACGGAUAUGCAAGGAUGACACGCAUACUCUAGAAAAGGAAAACGACUUACAAUCUGAAAAUAGACAGUCCCUUCAAUCCGAGAACCUCAAUGAUCGCACUCCCCGCGGGUCUAGCAAUUUAUGCAGUCAACAAACGCCUCCACUUACAAACAGCUCAAAUUCUAGCAGUAAUGCUGCGAUAAAUCUGGGGCCAAGGUGUCAACAAUCCCGAGACGAACGAUUUCAAAGUCACGAGCAGCUACAGGCGUUGCCACAGCACAAUUCACACCAUCAGCCUCAAGUUUCCCGGGACUACCUAGCACCGCUGUCUCCCGCACUUUCUACUCUUGAUUUUAUGCACUUUUCGUCACAAAUGGACAAAGAUGCGCACCAGCAGGCGCAGUACUCAGACGGUGGAGCGUCGGUCUCGCCACAAUACUCGAACGACCAGGGAGAAGCUUUAUUUUCGGGGCUACACGAGGGCCAGUUUCUCGGCUUGGGACAAGAUCCGCUACAAGGCCAGGCGUUUGGGAAGCAUAUGGAUGGGUGGAAUUCAGAGCUGCCGAAUUAUAUCGACGAAUUGCUAAGUGGAGCCUAUAUGUACUAA